AUCGGUCACACCACUGCCAUGGAUACAGUGCGAGUCGAAUCACCGUCACCACAGCCUCGCAAUUGGCAAUCCCCGGUACUGUAACGCGAGCGUGACGUUUAGAAUGCGGGGUUACUGCCCCCGAACGGUAGGAUGAAGUCACAUAAAGCUUAUUGACCCCUCACGAGAGCACGUCCACAGCUCGUCCCAGCCCAGCUAUAUACUGCUUGCAAAUCCUUAUUUACUGCUCAAUUGCAUCUCAUUGAUAUAUUCAUCAACAUUACAUUAUCAAAUACAGUUUGUGAACAUGGCAGCGAAAUACUCUCGCCGACCGAGCUACCUUGAAGCUCCCCUGUCCCCCUCGGCUGUCCCUGACUUGGCACUCCUGCCGCAGCCCCUUCCCGCAGAGACACUACCAUGCGGUCAGCUCGUCUCCAAAGGGUCGAAGCUCACUCCCACGACGCUCGAAGACCGUGACUACGACGACGUCGGUACACGUUGGUACAAGGAUGUCAUCUUCUUCAACUCGGACAACGGCCACUUCAUCGAGAGCUUUGGUGGAACACAUCUUCUGCAGAAGCCUCUUGGGAAAGGCAUGGAGGCUGGCACCAUCGAAGCGGAGGAGCAGCGCGUGAGGCUGCUCAAAGAUGCGGAUGCAGCGCUGCAGAAGGUGUGGCAGGAUGAGGAGGCUAAGAAGUGGAUCCAGGAGCAGGGUGAGGCUGGCUUUGUCGUCGCUUCUCGCCAGGUUUCCAACGCGAGCUACAAGCGUGCUCGGCUUGUCGAUGUUGGAAAUGGCAACUGGGAGGUCAUGCGCGAGGUUGGAGGAGAAGACAAGUCGGGCAAGAGACGGGAUUCAGGGCUUGAGUUUGUGAACACCAACAGCAAGUGGGAUGUAGUAGGUGUGGUCGUGAGGAAGAUUGUUGUCGAGGGCAACGAUGCGAAGCUGGGUGAGGAGCUGAGUGUAGAGUCCUGGAACUGAACGUACGACCAAAAUAUACACGUUCGCGAAUCCGUGUAGGAUGUCUGGGAUAUAUGAAGAGAAGAAGUUGGGGAAUUUAUCGCCAUGGGCUCACACAUAAAGCAUCACAAUCAAAAUAUAAGAAAUGUAUUUCAAUAGUUUUAUAUUCUAUUCUAUCCGCUACGUCUUCACAUCAUCAGGUAUUAUCUCAUUGUCGACGUGUUUCUCGCGUUACUAAUGCAUAUUUUUACACCUAUUCCUGAAAAUGCAUCGACUGCACUAAAGUAGGCGAUUAGUUACAGCCAU